AUGGACUGGGGCAUCACCGUUGGGUGCUUUCUGCUGCUGUUUGCCCCUUACCUCAUCGCCUUUGUCAAGAUCGAGCGAUGGUCCCCACAGCUGAUUACGAUCGUCCUGUCCGGUGCCUGUGCCGGGAUUCUCUCGCUGGUGAUCACGACUGUCUUGAUGAAAGGGCUAAAAUGGGUGUGUGGGGCGACCUCGUGGACGCCGGGGUUGGCGGGGGUGGUGAUCUUCACCCAGGUCGGGAUUCAAUUCACCCUAAAGGGGGUCGUUAUCUGGAGUUGGGUUUGGGUUCAAGAACGGCUGAGGCGGGAGCGCCAGGUGCUCGUGUCGUGUAAGUGUCGGUUUGCCCCUGUUUCGGGCGCCCUUGGCCUUGGCUUCGCCAUGGUUUCCACCUGGUCAACCGGCGGGGUCCUUUUCGACGCCUACCGACAGCUCUCACACUUCAGCCCGUACGCCGCGGCGUACGAUCUCGACGUCUGCCCUCAGCUUCCCAUGCUCGUCCACAGCAGCUUUCAAUGUGCAAUGCUGACCUUAUGUCAUGUUUCGUGGGGAAUUAUGGCUGGUCAACCCUUCGUGGCGCUUGCGCAGUACGGUGUACGAGCCUAUUUAGGAGGUUUGCGCAGGCGUUUGCGGCCCUUCUACGUUCCGAUGCGUGAAGUAAACAUUGUCGAUAUCAGGUCAGGGUCCGAUGAUAGUGCACCUGAGGCCAAGCAAUCCGACGAAACUAUCGGGAAUGGAGGACCGAAUUUGGGCACUGAAAGCCUCAUGAGUGCUGUUGCGACGAAUGAUACGAAGAGAAAAUCGAUUCCUGAGGGGUUGGAAACCGAUUUUCAGUCCCUCACACGCGAGGAAAUUGAGGGUGCCUCACGGGGCCUUGAAAAGUCGCCGGAACAAGUUCCCAAGGUAAAGCCACGAGAGGAUGCGGAGGGCCAUUCCUUGAGUGUUGAACCCAAGGAGGCGCCAGCGACAGCGUCUGAUGCUGCGACCACAACCAAUAUUUUUGAGGGUCCUCUUUAUCGAUACGACGGCGUUAUUCCGGCAGAUACGAUUUUCUUAUUACACCUCGACUUUGCUCUUUUAAGCCUUGUAUUUGCUUUUACCCUUCAGGUAAUAUUCUCGAUGAUAUCAAUUUCGCAUUCGGGAGCGUUAGAUGUGGCUACGUAUGUGGAGGUUCCAACACGUGGGUGUGUCGUGUCGCUUCCAAUUCAGAUUGUUGUUUUAACGGUAUCCGUUCUAUGGGCGCUUUGGACACUACGUGAGGAGAUGAUGAAUAUUGACUGA